AACACCAUUCUGUAAGAAAUGCGAGCGCGUCGUGACUUAAACUUAACCUAUUCCAGAAAGUAGUUUCGCCAAACUUGCAACGAAAGCCAACAUUAGUUGCAGACUAUCAACAAGAAACUGUAAAAUGUUGGGUUUAUAAUCUGAAUUUAGCAACUGUCUAAAAGAUCUCGCAAUAUGUCAAUGCUCGCGGAACAGCGUCGGAAACAAAAAUGGACAUUAAAUCCACGAGGAAAACAAUGGAGCGACGAUCCCAACAAAUUUGGUCAGAAAAUGUUGGAGAAAAUGGGCUGGACGAGCGGCAAAGGACUCGGCGCAAACGAACAAGGCAUGACGAAGCAUGUGCGUGUAUCUUUAAAAAACGACACAUCAGGUAUCGGAUUUAAAAACAACAAUUUGGAUAAAGCAUGGACCGAACAUCAGGAUGGUUUUAAUAGUUUCUUGCAACAGCUCCAAAAUAGUCAAGAUGAUAAUAUAGUCCAAGUGGAAGUUAAAACUGAAUCAGGUGAAAAGUCUUUGGAGUUAAAAUCUAAGCAAAGCCGAGCUCGGGUUCACUAUCACAAAUUCACAAGGGGAAAGGAUGUAAAAAGAUACAGUUCAAAAGAUCUGGCAAACAUAUUUGGUCAGAAAGAAUUAAAUGGAAGUGAAAAUACUAAUGAAAACGGAAAUAAUCAGGAAAAUUUUGAUUCAGAUCCCCUCGGUAAGCAAGAAAAUAGAGGUGGUGUUAUUACCAUAUACGGUGGUAAUAUGGCAGAAUAUUUUUCGAAAAAGAGUCAAAAUAUUUCCUUAACACCUAAAAGAAAAAUGCGGCAAGGAAGUACUUCAGAAAGCGAACCCGAGUAUGCUGGGUUUGGCUUCGCAUCAACUCCUACACAAUCUUCUAACGAUGCUAAAGAAAAUAAAGAAACCGAAGGUUCUUGUAAUUAUGCUUUUGAAAAUCCGUGUUUACGAGUAAACAGCCCGGAAAAUAUUUCAAAUACAAACACUGAGUUAAAAUCUUCAAAUAAGAGGAAGAUUUCGGAUGACUAUGAAUUAAGCAUAAAUGAUAAUUGUAAAGAUUUGAAAAACCAUAUCAAAGAUGGUUACAAAAAUGCUUUUGUAAAUCCUGCUUUAAAUUUAGAACCUACAAACGAUGAAGUUUAUAAUGGAAAAGAAUUUGAAGUAUCGAGAAUGCAAUUUGGCGUUGCGAAUUCUGCCUUAGACUUACAGGAUGAAGUAGUUAACAAAAAGAGAGUAACGUUUAAUGACCAUGUAGAAUACAGUACUGACUGUGUGAAAAAAAAGAAAAAGAAGAAGGAGAAAGUUAUGCUGGACAAAUUUGAAGUUGAGAAUAAAAAAUCUAAAAAGAAAAAGAAACAAGACAAUGUUAAUAGUUCCGCAUCAUCGGGUAUUAUUAAUGAAGCUUUAGAUGUUGAAGAAGUAGCUGAAGAAAUUAAUGAUAAUGAAAUUAACGAACGCAAGAGCAGUAGACCUAAAAAGAGGAAAAGUAACCACCGAUUAAGUUUACAAACAAUAGUGGAAAUACCAGAAGAAGAUAAAGAAGCUGAUGAUCAUGAAAUUAUAACAAAGAGACUUAAAGUUGAUGAGAAUGUAAAUGAUGAUGACCUAUCUCAGAAGAAUUUUUCGAACAAAAAAGGAAGGAAGAAGAAAAAGAAGAAGGAGAAAGCUGAGGAAAAAAUGAAAACUGUCGAUGAGGAUAAUAAAAUUGAAAAUGUCGAAGAAAAAGAUAAUAGAGAAACAAAAGCAGAAUUUUGUGAGGAAGUAGAUGAUACUCCAAAAGAACAAGAUCAAGAAAAUUUAAAAGUAAAAGAAAAGAAGAAGAAAAAGAAGGGUAGUGAAAGAAACAACGAAAUUGAUGAAAGUAUGAACGACGAUGGAAUAGAGACCAAUAUCGCUGAAUGUACGGAACAAGAAACUAUAAAAACAGAAGAAACUGUAAAAAUAAAUAAGAAAAAGAAAACAAAGGAUGUGGAUAAAAGCGAUAUUAAUGUAGAUGUAGAUAUAAAAUCGAAGAAAGAAAUUUCUGACAAAGAAAAUAAAAAUCAUAACUUUGUAAAUAUUUCCAAGGAAGAAAAACCAAAGAAAGAGAAACAUAAAGAAUCCGUGAUCAGUGAAGAAUCUACUCAUACGAUGGAAUCUGUAAAUGUAGAAUGUGCAGAACCAACGGAAAAUACGAGUAUCGCUUGGCGAUAUAACAAAUUCUAUCGAUAUAAAACUCCUACAUCUUGGAAGCCGAAAGCAAUCACAUCAAAGAAUAUAUUAACAUCGCUGUUACAUCGAAACUCUGUUGCACAUUUUCCAGGAGCUAAUGUAGAUGAAAUUAAGGGGUAUGGUAGUAAUAUAUAAUGAAGAAUAAAUCAAUUUCUUAUGAAAAGUUCAAUGUUUUAAUAAUGUUGUAUAGAUCCAAAUUUAAUUCAAUUAUAUGCAGUGUGUAUUUUCAAAUAUCAAUCACUGUACUUCGGGUGUUUCCAGUGACUUAUCAACGAAAUGUUUUCAACAAAAGUUAGCCACCCGUCACACACACACACACACACACAAUCUAUUACACAUUUGUAUGUUAAUAAUUUCCGAGAUGGUUGUGGCUUUUUUAAUUGAUACCAUACUAUUUUAAAUCGCAGAAUAAUAAAAAAACCAUACUAUUAUACUGAUCUUCAAAUGACCUUGAAUUAAGAAAUUGAUCAAAUAUUUAUUUGAUACGUUAACACAAAUGUUUGAAAAUAUUACUGGAUACAUCCUGUAUGCAACUGACUCUGCUACAGUAAUCCAUAAUAAUUUGUAUUAUUGAGCAGUAAUAGUACAUAAUGUAUUUUGUAAACAUAAGGAAUAAAUUAUAUAAAUAUUUUUGAUAAUAAUAGGA